AUGAAGCAUUUUCUCAGAGUGGUGACCCAGUUCUUCGUGUUCCUCUACUGUAAAUUACUGUGGCGGGGCCUGAAGUUUGUUGUCAGGAAGUUUACAGGACGCUGUGAACUGCAGCGAAUCUGCUACAAAAACAAGCAUGGAGCCCGCAGGACGCUCAAGAUAGAGUCGUCUCUGAGGUACUCCAAGAAUGAGCUCCUGCAGACCGCCCUCAGCGUCCAUCCUGAUAAGGUGGAGAAAACCAUUGACGACAUCAUGGCCUUGAAGAAGAUUAACCCUGACACCAACCCACAGCUGGGCAUCUCUCUGCAGGCCAGCCUGCUGCAGAUCGUGGGCUACAGGAGCCUGGUGAUGGAGGUAGAGAAGCUGCGCAGGGAGCCUUACGACUCUGAAAACCCUGAGCAUGAAGACAUGCUGAUGAAGCUAUGGAAGGAGCUGCGUCCUGACACACCUCUCACCGGCCGCAUCUCUAAACAGUGGUGUGAGAUCGGUUUCCAAGGCAGCGAUCCCAAGACUGACUUCAGAGGCAUGGGCCUGCUGGGCCUACAUAACCUACUAUAUUUUGCAGAACAUGACAAGGUCACCGCUCUGCAGAUGCUCAACGACUCCCUGCAACCAAAGCACAAGUACGUCAUGUGUGUCCUUCACAGUGAGAUAAACAAGUCUGAAUGGGAACAGAAGAACCUUGACAAAGCUAUUGGCUAUUCUUUUGCCAUCGUGGGCAUCAACAUCACAGACCUGGCCUACUCUCUGCUGGUGAGUGGCUCUCUGAAGACCCACCUGUACAACGUGGCCCCAGAGAUGCCCAGCCUGCUGCACUUCCAGCAAACCUUCUGUUACCUGAUGCAGGAGUUUCACCGUUUCUGGAUCGAGGAGGAUCCCAGUGACAUCAUGGAGUUCAACCGGGUCCGCUCCAAGUUCCACCGGAGGAUCCUGCGACAGUUGAAGAACCCGGACAUGGCUCUGUGUCCCCACUUCUCCGCCUCCGACCUCCACCUGGUCAACCUCUAA